AUGUCUUGCAAGUUGGUUUGUGCAUCUGGCGCCAAUCAGGCAGGCUUGCUGCCCGCCACAUUGAUCGCCACAUCCGUCAAUGAAGCCAGACCUAGUCCUGUUGUUGAAAUCACCUACGAGAACGCUCCUACACUUCCUAGCGGUGAUGUGAUCGAGUUCACUGGUGUCAGUGGAAAGACCGUGCAGGGCCUUGACGCUGUAAUUUCCGAGCUCCGUGUCCAAUUCCCCUUCCUCAAGAGCAAAUAUGAAGCUCAGGAGGAUAAAUGGUUGUCUCAAGUCGGCCAAUACGUUCCCCUAGACCACAAAGCUCUCGAAGCACCUCUUCAGACUCUUGACUCCUAUCUUACACUCCGUUCGUUCCUCGUCGGCUACUCCUUGUCUGCUCCCGACAUUGCUAUUUGGGGCGCCCUCCGCGGAAACCGUGUGGCGGUCACAGCUGUGAAGAAAGGAACAUUGAUCAAUUUGACCCGUUGGUUUCGUUUCUUGGAGGAGCUCUGCCCUUGGACUACCGCCGCUGUUGAUGCGGUAAACGCUGCGGCCAAAGCGAAGCGGGCUGCUGCGUCCAAGGCAGGUGCCAGUUACGACAUUGCCCUCAAAAACACUGAACAAGGCGUCGUUACUCGUUUUCCUCCCGAACCCUCUGGGUAUCUCCAUAUUGGCCACGCAAAAGCCGCUCUCUUGAAUGACUAUUUUGCGCACGAGAAAUACAAGGGAACACUUUUGUUGCGUUUCGAUGAUACCAAUCCCAGCAAAGAGAAAGAGCUUUUCCACGAUGCGAUCCUUUUCGACCUCGAUUUGAUGGGAAUCAAGCCUGACAGAAUCUCAUACUCGUCAGAUUACUUCCAAGUGCUGCAUGAUUACUGCAUUCAAUUCAUCAAGGAUGGUUUCGCGUACGCGGAUGACACUGACAAGGAGACCAUGGCGCACGAGCGAAUGGAGGGUAUUCCCAGCAAGCGUCGUGAUUCUCCCGUUGAGGAGAGUUUGGCUCAUUUCGAAGAAAUGAAGUCUGGCUCUGAAGAGGGCCAGAGAUGGUGUAUCCGAGCUAAGAUUUCUUUCGACGAUAAGAACAAAGCUAUGAGAGAUCCUGUCAUCUACAGAUGCCAGCAGACACCCCACCUUCGUACUGGUACAACCUGGAAGGUCUAUCCUACCUAUGAUUUCACCUGCCCUAUCCUCGAUUCAAUCGAAGGAGUCACUCAUGCGUUGAGAACGAUCGAGUACAGAGACAGAAACCCACAGUACGAGUGGAUGUUGAAUGCCCUCAAGCUCCGCAAGGUUCAGAUCUGGGACUUUGCUCGCAUGAACUUUGUGCGGACAUUGCUUUCUAAGCGAAAGCUUACUAAGUUGGUUGAUGGUGGUGUUGUUUGGGGUUGGGAUGACCCUCGUUUCCCUACUAUCAGAGGUAUUCGCCGACGAGGUAUGACGAUUCCUGCACUCAGAGAGUUCAUUCUCAAGCAAGGCCMAAGCCGUAACAUUGUCAACUUGGACUGGACUAUCUUCUGGUCUACGAAUAGGAGAUAUAUCGACCCUAUCUCUCCACGCCAUACUGCUAUUUUGAAAGAAGGCGUGGUCACGGCUCAAGUCACUGGAGAUUCCGUACCAUCGGCCUCGGCCCCGUUGGUUUUAGACAAGCCCAAGCAUGACAAGAACCCCGAACUCGGCACAAAGAAGGUUGCUUUCAGUCAAAAUAUUAUUUUGGAGCAAGAGGACGCCAAGUUGUUCAAGCAGGAUGAAGAAAUCACCCUCAUGAAAUGGGGCAAUGCGAUAGUCCGUAAGAUUGAGAAGUCUGGCGAUGUCGUGACCAACCUUGAACUUGAGCUGCACCUCGAAGGAGACGUCAAGAAGACCGACAAGAAGGUUACCUGGUUGUCCAAGGACGGCCAACAGCUCAUUCCAGUUGAACUGGUGGGCUUCGACCAUCUCUUGACAAAGGACUCUCUCCAAGAAGAGGACAACUUUGAAGACUUCUUGAACCCCAAAACCGAAUGGCGCGAGCAAGCCUUUGCGGAUGGUAACGUUGCAGACAUCAAGGAGGGUGAUAUUAUCCAGUUCGAGCGAAAGACUUUCUACCGCUGUGAUCGUCCUUUUGUUGCUGAUGGAAAGCCAGCCGUGUUCUUCGAGAUUCCGACUGGAAAGACCAGCAGCUAA